CGGUGACUGAAGCUUACGUGGUGAAGUUAGUUAGCCACAAGCUAGCACGACAGAGAGAGCACAUAUAUAUGUAACGCUAUGUAGGAUAUUCCCGAGGAAACAUUUGUGUUAAUCUUGAAUUUCCAGUACUAUAAACGGCAGUGCUGUCAAAGUUUAUGGAGUUGUCGCGAGUCAAGACAGCAGUCAGGACGCCAGGAUGAUACCAUAAUAUCUAGUGGACAUAACCCAUUAAGUGUUAUGAAGACCUUAAAGCUUCUCAAGAUACUGGACACAAUCGGAUAGACAGUCAAAUAAUAACUUCAAAUACGCAAAUAAGCUGUAGACUUCAGAGAUGUUUGCGAAGUUGAAGAAGAAGCUGGCAGAGGAAGCAGCCACUGCCCCUCGUACCGGUCGCAUCCCUCGCUCCAUGAGCAAAGAAUCCAUUACUUCUGUGGGAGCAGAUUCAGGAGAUGACUUUGCAUCGGAUGGUAGCAGUUCCAGAGAUGAUGUUUCGUCUCAAAUCCAACGCAGGAAUGAUCAGAUACGAAAGCUGGAGGCUAAACUCUCAGACUACGCUGAGCAGCUUCGGCUAAUGCAGAAGACCAAGGAGAAGCUUGAGAUUGCAUUAGAGAAGUAUCAGGAUUCAUCCAUGCGGAAACUUCAGGACCAGAACGAAGCUUACCAGUCUAACAGAGCCAAGAUGGCUGAAGGCAUGGCUUUAGCAUUAGAGAAGAAGGACCAGGAGUGGAUGGAAAAGAUUGCUUCGCUGGAGCAGGAGAAGGCAUCGCUGACCGCUCGACUUGAAGAGAUGACUGAGCAGAGCUUAAGUCUGUUUCAGAAAAGAGAUGACCUGGAUGAACUGGAGGGCUUUCAACAGCAAGAACUGGCCAAAGUCAAACACAUGUUGCUGAGGCGAGAGGAACAGCUGAGUCAGAGAGAGAAAGAGGUGAAAUUAAGAGGAGAUGAGCUAAACACAGCCAGACUGAAACUGAGUCAAACCCAAGACAAACUGUAUGAGCUGAGUGAGGAACACGAGGAGACCUGUCAGCUCAACACUCAGCUGCAGGCCCAAAGGGCUGAGUUGCUGAGUGAAAAAGCAGAGGCAGAGAAGAGGAUUGUGGAUCUGGAGAAGAGAGAGCAGGAAUUACAGCAGCUGAUCCAGCAGGUGUCAGAGGAUUUUCAGAAGACACAGAGUAAGGUAAAAUCCCUAGAGAAGUCAAUGGAGCAUCUUCAGAAUGAACAUCAUCAACUAAAGCUACAGCAUGAGCAACACAAAAACAAGGCUGCGGUGACUGAGGAGGAACGAGAGUCUGUAUUGGCUCAUUUGCAGGAAAAGGCUGCCUCUUUGGAGAGGAGACUAGAAGCUAACUUCUCCCAGGACGAGCACCUACUGGAACUACUCAAAGAGAAGUCUGCAUUAGAACAGAGGUUAGAAGAGGCCAGAGGAGAGCUACUGCAGGAGAGAACCAAUCACAGCACAGCAGUCAGCUCGCUGCAUGCACAGAUGUCUCGUCUGAAUGCUAACAUCACAGAUCUCCAGACUCUGCUCAAGCACAAAGACGACUCAUCCAAGGCUUACAGGGAAAGAACAGACGCACAGAUAUCAGAUUUGGAGGAAAGGCUUGUUCACACCUCUGAUGAGAUAAAAACUUUGGAACAGAACCUUGCAGACAACGAAUCACACACAGGAAAACUGCAGGCAGAGUGGGCAGAGGAGCGGGAGAGACUCCAGCAGCAGGUCUCAACACAGCGACAGAGAGGUCUGGAGAAGACAGCCAAACUCGAGGAACAAAUUCUUGCACUACAAAGGGAGAAAGAAGAAGAGACCAACAAACAUCAGGACAGUGUGCGGUUACUAGAGGAAGAAAAGGUUUCACUGGUGAAGAGCAAAGCUGAGAUGGACAGCACUGUUGAGAGACUGACCGCAGAACUGGAACAGUCCAGAGCAGAGUUGAGUAGCAGACAGACGGUGAGUGUUGAAAUCGCCAAAGCUCUGGAAGAAACGCGAAAACAGAGGGAGGAGCUUCAGCAACAGGUCAGUAAAAUGACAGAAUCCCUCGAGAAGGCGGAGCAGGAAGUGAGUCAGCUCUCUAAAACAUUAGGGGAGAAGGAGGAGGAGCUAAGUGUCCUGAAGGAAGAGCUGCAGGCCGCCCGUAGCGGUUUGUCCUCUCUGCAGGCCGAGUGCGAGUCUCAUCGUCUGGAGGCCGAGGAGAGAGAGCGAGACCUCGGCUCUCAGCUGGCAUCACUGCAGCAGGAAGUCAUCACAAAAACACAACAGCUCGCCUCUUACCAGUCACGGGUGUCUGACCUGGAGGAUGAGGUGUCGAGUUUAACAACACAGUCUCAUGCAGAUGAGUGCGAUGGUGAACAGAACGGGACAGUUACUGUAAAUGAUCUCGAUCAGCUACAGAAGGUCAACAAAGACCUGGAACAACAGGUGGCUGAGAAGAACAAGACGAUAAAACAGCUACAGCAGAGGCUUGUUGAGCUGAAGAGGACAUUGCAGAAAGAGCUGAAACUGAAACCAGACCCUGAUGCCGAGUCAAAGGAGAGACUCCAGGACAAAUCGGCUGAUAAGAGCGUCUCAGAGAUGGCCACCCCGGCCACAGCUCAGGCUCCAGCCCCGGGCCCACCGCCUAUCACCUCCAACACCACAGUCAUCAACAGUUCAGACCUCACUGACACACGGGAGAUCAACUUUGAUUAUCUCAAACAUGUUGUGCUGAAGUUCAUGUCAUCCAGAGAGGCAGAAGCCUUCCAGCUCAUCAGAGCCGUUUCUGUUCUUCUACAUUUUACAGAAGAAGAGGAAGACAUGCUCAAACAGACACUGGAGUACAAGAUGUCGUGGUUUGGUUCCAAGCCCACGCCCAAAGGCAUCAUACGACCUUUCAUCUCAGGAACCUCAAGCUGGAGCUGAGAGACAGAGAGAGAAACAAGGAACCAGUGGAUAAUUUUUACAAAAAAGAAGAAGUGAUCACUAUAAAGGAAACAGUUGCUGACACUGCGGUUUCAAUCUCUGCCACAAUGUAGCUCUGAAAUUCCCUUUGAACAAAGGGAGACUAAAACAGUCCUGUUUCACCACAAAACUUUAGCAGGGAUUGCAACAAAAAACACUUUUUCUGAACGGGAAGUUUCAUUCUUUUUAAUUAUAAUGGAUAAAGGAUGUUGUGGGAUUAUCUGUGUCACUCAUGUGGUUUAAAUGAAGCAUCAGAAAUAUGAGGAAUUUUUGGAUGUUUGCUUUCAAAAAAUUAACAACGAUUUUCCAACAUCCUUCCAAUGGAACACAGCUGUAAUUUUUUAUUUGCAACACUUAUUUGAAGCAUAUAUGCUGCUCCGUAUUGCUGGUGUACGUAACCAGAUGAUAAAUCUGCUCGUUAAUCCAGUGCUUGAUUUUAGAGGAAAUCGUGAAGAUUGGGAUGUCAUGAGAUAUACUGUUAUGAUGUUGAAGCAUCUUAAUUUGCCUUGUUUGUGUAAAUUGAAAUGGCAUACAUUCCCUACAAGUAUUUAUAUAUGAAUACAUGUGUAUAUAUAUGAUAAGAUUUAUAAAUCAGACAAUAAGUGGA